AUGUUAUACAUAUAUACAUUACUUGUUGCUGCUUUGGUAUCACUUGUACAAGCCGAUAACUACGCUACUUACCCCAAAAUUCCAAAAACCGCUUCAAUCAAUGGUUUUGCUGAUCCGAUCGUUGAUUUGUUACCAGACUGUGCUAAAGAUUGUGUUAAAUACAGUACCAAGAAUACUCCAUGUCCAUACUGGGAUACAGGUUGUUUCUGUGUCAUGCCACAAUGGUCUGGUUUAGUUGGUCAAUGUAUUGCUAAAAACUGUAAAGGUGAAGACGUUCAAAGUGCAAGAUUUUUGGCUACUUCAUUGUGUUCAACUGUUGGUGCUAACACCUGGAUGAUGCCAGCAUCCAUCUCAGAUAUGAUGUCUUCUGCUGCUUCGGGAGCUAAAGAAGUUACUACUAUUUCAGGAAAGACAGCAAUGUCAUGGGUUACUGCUCCAGGAAGUUCGGAUUCAAAUGUUGUUUCCGAGACCGGAACAAGUGGCAGUGCUUCUGAAACAGGUGAAUCUGAUUCAGAGACUACCUCGGACUCAGAAUCCCAAUCGGAAUCUUCUGCAAGCAAUAGUGAAUCGGCUAACUCUGCUUCCAGCACAGAGGCAAGUUCAACCACAAGUGAAAGCAGCUCAACUUCUACUGGGUCUACUUCAAAUAUUGCUGUUUUACAAGCUGGUAGUUUAGGAAGUGUGAUCUUCGGUGUUUUGGUCAGUUUCCUCAUGUAA